CGGAGUGGAUAGGUUGAUGCUAUACAACACACGCCCCACUCCCUCGAGAUACCGAGGUACAUUUCAGCUGGGGUCUGUAUGGACGCUUUUGGAUGGCCACGGCCACGGCAUAACAACAAGCCCGUCGGGUGGAUUACUGAUCAUACAAUUGUCGGGUUCACUAUAUGGCUCUUAGGUAUAGCUACGUAUAUUACUAAAAUUGUACAUCGUAGACACCACACGUUAGGUCAUUGGGGUGUCGUUCCAUCGAAGACUCCACCGGGUCAUCUCUUAUAUUGUCCACCAGCGGGAUACAUAUGGGAGCCCUACGUCUCAAAAAAAAAAAAAAAAUCUCCUGAUGAGAGUAAGCACGCCGGAAAAUACACACAGGUAUAAAGGAAAUGGUUGUUAAUAUGGAUGAUCCGGAAAAGUGUAAGUUAUGUUCAUAUAGGUCACAGGGGCUGAAUACCCUAACUGACGGGCUCGUCGCAGCCGGGGAUGACAACCAACAUCGACCAGUCAAUACCACCACCACACAGAAUGAAGACACGGACAGCCCAGCGAUUUUA